AUGCCUCUCGAAAAUCAACUGCGACUUCCCCGCAUAUCCCUCAGCAAGCGGAAUCGGGCUAUCGUGAGGGCUCUGACCCCAAUGCUGGUGACCUAUUUGGAAGCCAGCCGGGACCUUUGCGAAACGGACUCAAUUCUCUUUGGCGCCGCACUAGCAGUCUGCCGUAUUAUAGGCGCCAAACUAUCCACGGCUGGACGCACUACUGGACAAAGUAGUGCUAUCCCAGUCUGGAGAACAAGAAUUGAAGAACGUAUCGCAAAGGCCCCCUCAUCGGCAGACUGA